GGGCCAGCCGCCCACGCGGCCAUGCCAUUAAUUUCCACAAAGCGCGAGUCACAACGCGCAGGAAGCAGAACAAAAAUUUUGCAGUUCGCUCGCACUGAACCCAACCCAACCCCAGAGGUUUACUCCAUAAACAAAAAAUCGAGAUUUGUAUCCUACGGGGAAGAAAAAAAAAAGAGUGAGGACAGAACGAAAAAAUAUUCAUUCCGCUCGUGGCUCGUCUCACCACCUCACCGCAUCUCGAGCUCUCUCUCACCCCACUCCCUCACUCCAGCACUAGCAAUAGCGCUGUGCUCCCGGCGGCACGGCGAGAUGCGGGGACAGAUCCCUCCCAUCCUCCUCGUGGUGCUGGCCGCAGCGGCGCUCCUCCCGCCGCAGCCGGCAGCCGCCGUGGACGUGGCGGCGGUGCUGGCGCCGUUCCCGGACCUCGCGGGCUUCGCGCGGCUGCUCGCGUCCAGCCCCGUGGGGCGGGAGCUGGCCGGGCGGUCCUCGCUGACGCUGCUGGCCGUGCCGGACCGCGACCUCCCGCAGUCGCCCUCGGCGUUCGCCGCCGCCGCGGGCGCCGACCUCGCCGACGUGCUCCGCUACCACGUCCUCCUCGAGUACCUCGCCCCCGCCGACCUUCGCCGCCUCCCUGCCUCCGGGAAGCUCGUCACCACGCUCUUCCAGACCACCGGCCGCGCCUCCUCCGACCUCGGCGCCGUCAACAUCACCGCGGGAGGUUCUUCCUUAAGCUCAACCCUCGCAGUCGUCCGCUCACCCGCGCCGUUCCCGGCAUCCAACGCGACAGUGCUCGGCUCCAUCACGGCCGUCCCCUACAACCUGAGCGUGCUCUCCGUGUCCGGCCUAAUCGUCCCCUCGGGGUUCUCCCUAUCAGCCUCCGAGUCCCGCCCGGCGCCCGCCGUCAACAUCACGCGAAUCCUCUCCGACGCGAGGGGGUUCAACGUGGCGGCGUCGAUGCUUGAAGCCUCGGGCGUGGCGGAGGAGUUCGAGGACGACGAGCGCGGGGCGGGGAUCACGGUGUUCGUCCCCACCGACGACGCCUUCGCGUCCCUCCCCGCCGGGCCCGGGGACCGCCUCCAGUCCCUCCCGGCGGAACGCAAGGCCGUCGUGCUCCGCUACCACGUGCUCCACUCCUACUACCCGCUGGGGUCCCUGGAGUCCAUCGUGAACCCGCUGCAGCCCACCCUGGCCACCGAGUUCAGCAGCCAGGCCGGGCGCUUCACGCUCAACAUUACCAGAGCUAAUGGCUCCGUAGCCAUCGACACGGGCGUCGUCCAGGCGACGAUUACCCGCACCGUGUUCGACCAGAACCCCGUCGCCGUGUUCGCCGUCUCCAAGGUGCUGUUACCCAAGGAGAUGUUCACCAGAAGCACCGCCGACCCUGCCGACAUUGUCGCUGCCGGCGUGGCCGCCAUCGCGCCCCCUCCGCCGGCCGCCGGAUCGAUGCCGCCCGAGAGCGCGCGGACGCCGCCCACCAAGCUGUCUUCCCCGCCCGGAAUGCGCGGCGGGGACGGCGGCGGGAACGGGAACCUCACGGCGUUGCCGUCGUCGGCGAUGGGGAGGAGAGCAAGGAUUGGCUGGUGGUGUAUAGCGCUGUUGUGUUGUUUCUAGCCGUGCUGCUGCUGGCUGCUCCGGCCUGAGAUCCGGCGGUGGUUUAGCUCGGUCCAUUUUACUGUCCCUUGAUGAGCUCAAUUUUUUUUUUUUGCUUUGCGUUUUGUUUUUUGUUUCGUUUCUCCUUUUGUUAUUACUAGAAAAAUCUUUGUACUGUAUACAGUGGGAAUUGGAAAGGUGGGGGAGAAAGAGAAGCUAGAGGUGAAGAUUUGAGCUGCAAAGCAGCAGCAUUCAUUUUA